UGUGCGCCAUGCUGGAAAGCAAACCCCAAAAAACCGCUGCCUUACUGGCUCGAGGGGGUUUUGGUUGGUGGCCGGUCGGUCCUACCGGAGGACGCUGCAUGACCAGCAGCAUGAAUAUUCCUCUGGCAUCGUCCGGGGCCUUGGAGCCUUCACCCGACUCCUGCUCCGCCUCGUCGCCCGGGCGCCUGCCCAACCGCGUGAUCACCCAGAGCCCGGCGGUGGGCUUCCGCACCAUGCUGGGCGGCGGAUGCCCGGUGGCCAUCACCAUCGCCCGCAACGCCAAGUCAAUGUGCGACCUGCAGGCCAUGGCCAGCGCACGUGUGCGCUCGCCGCCGCCCCUGACGCACCUCCAGGGGAGCCCGAGAGCCAGCCCUGUGAACCAGAGAGGUCGAGUUGAGAUGGUGAACCUCUCCGCCACGACCGGGCCUGGCAUCUCGACUCCUCAGCAGAUUCCUGCAGGGAGAGGUGCCGUGCCGUCCGAAGCUCGGAUGGUGCUGAAGGCUCCAUUUCAAGCAGGACCUUCGAUGCAGUUGGGAGUUCCCAACCGCGUUCCGCCGCCUUCGGUACGGAGGACCUUUAACACCACGCACACCGCGGUCGUGCCAACGGUGCACCGAUCGAGCAGUGCAGAUCGAAGGUGCUUCGUGCAGCAGCUUCCAUGCGCAGGUGUGAUUGGCAGCCGGCAAGUCUCCGGGACGUCCGAGGGGACGGAGGUGCCCUUGGCCACCGCCCGGACGGCGCGACGGAUGAGCCCCAUUCGCACUGCCUGCAAGGCUUCUGCCGCUGCGCCGGUGCGGCUCCAACCGGCGUCCUUGCUCUCGAAGGUGCCUCUGGUCUCCAGCCUCGCGCUAAAUGGGCGCAGGGAGGAGACGGAUGAGGUGAUCCUCCAGCAAGUCACGAAACUGCAGAACUCCUUGAUGCAGCAGAUCGAAAGCACCAAGCAGCAGAUCCAGAGGCAAACUGCUCAUGGAGCCAAGCAAGUGAAUGGACAUCUGAACCCGCAGGCCGUCGCGGCCCUGUCGCUCCAUGGUGCCCCGGUGGCGCGCCCCGUGGCCGGCACGGUUCCGGCGCUGCCGCGCUCGGCGGCCGCGCCGCCCGCGCGGCCGGUGGCGCCGGGCGCGGGGAGUUUGACGCUGCCGCCGAAGCCGGAGCGGGUGGAGCGGGUGGAGCGGGUGGAGGUGCUGAGCCGGUCCGUGAAGCUGACACUGCCAGUGAAGGAGGAGAUGGAGGGAUCACAGGGGGCUCAGAAUGGCGCCCUGGCCGCGGUCCAUGCCGCGCUGCGCCGCGCCGCGGUCGACGCCGCGCCGCACCCGCUGGCGGCGCCCACGCGGGCCAUCAGCGCCGCGGCGCGGGCCUCGUGCUGGACGGUGGCGCUGGGCCUCGUGGAGCUGCUGCGUGCCGUGCACCUGCGCGCCGAUGCCUAUGUCUUCGGUGCCGCGUUGAGUGCCACCGAACGGGCGGCGCAGUGGUCUUGGGCGGUGAGCCUGCUGGCGGGUCUGGGUGAAAUCAAUGAAGUGUUGCUGAACUCUGCGGUCAGCGCCUGUGAGAAGGGCGGCCGCUGGGCAGCUUGCCUCCGCCUGCUGCGUGGCGCACGCGAGCUGCGCAGCGUGGGCGGCACGGUGGUGGGGCAGAGCGCGGCGAUGGCGGCUGUGGCACCAAGGGAGGCUGAGUGGCCACGAGCCUUCUUGAUCUUGGAGCAGCUGUUUGGUGAGUCCUUGAGGCCCGAUGUCAUCGCUUUCAACAGUGCAUUCAGAGCUUGCGCCUUUGCGGAUGCUGCGCACGUGCAGAGAUUGUUGCGCUUGAUGCGGCAGAAUGCGGCGGAGCCCGAUGUGGUCACUUCCAACACAUUGAUCAGCUCCUACAGCCGACAGCUGGCUUGGGAGGAGAGUCUCGCGGGUGUGGUGCAGGGCAGGGGGAACUACCCUGUGUUCUCCUCGAUCGCGUGCAAUGCUGCCUUGAGCUCUUUGGGUUUUGAAAGCAAUUGGCCCACGAGCUUGGCGCUCCUGGAGGAUGUGCAGAUGAAAGGUAAAGCGGAUGUGGUAAGCUUUGGUGCGGCGAUGACUGCCUUGGCCCGUGCGAGCCAAAGCAGAUUGUCACUGAAGCUUCUGGACAGCCUGGAUGAUGAUCUCACCAAUGAGCAGAUCUACAGCGCUGCCAUUUCUUCAUGUGAAGGCGAGAGUUGUUGGAAGAGUGUGGACUUGCUCAAGCAGGCUCGCCAUCGACAGGUAAGGCUGGAUGUCACUGUAUAUGGUGCCGCCUGCAACGUUUGUGAGAAGGGGAACUUUUGGGAAUCGGCCAUGGCCCUGCUGCCGGGGGCCCGUGCGGCCGACCUUUCUUGCAGCACGGUCUUGGCGAAUGCUGCGGUGUCCUCCUGUGCGAAGAGCCACGUGUGGCCGCAGGCGAUGCAACUCCUUCAAGGAGUUGAUGCUUGGAGUGUGGAACUGGAUUCCACCAGCUACAACUCGGGGCUCUCGUCCUUAGUUCGCACCUGGCCGCUCGCCUUGGAGCUCCUGGCGGCGGCGCGGCGCGUUCCCAGCCACAUCGGCCCGUCGACCGAGACGACCGACAGCUCGGGGCUCAACGCGGCGGCGACGGCGUUGGGCGAGGGCCACCGGUGGCGCUUUGCUGCGCUGCUGUUGGCGCCGGCCUUGGGCAUUGAGACUGAUGGAAUCAGCGUCAAUGUGGCCCUGGAAGCUCUGGCGAAGGCUGCCUCUUGGGAGCGGAGCCUGGUGCUUUCGAGCGCGAUCAGCGGAGUUGACUUGGAGCUUGAUGAGCUGGGCCGUGCUUCCCUGAUCACGGCCUGCACGUGGCGGAGCCAGUGGGCGGCGGCCCUGCGCGGCAUCACGGUCUCGACGGAGGUGACCUCCGUCGAGGCACCGGUGGUCACAGCUCUUCUGGCAGCGCUGGUGGCCCAACGUGCGGGACAUGCGGUGGGGUUGGAGCUCAUGAGACGGUUGCGGGGUCGGGGCGUCCGCGCCGGAGCGGCGGCGGCGAGGAUACAGAGGGCCUGGAAGAAGAGGAAGAGCUCUCGGCCGGAAGUUCGACCGGAGGAGGCCCUGCCACCUCCAGUGAAGCGCCUGGCGCCGCAGCACUGGGCGGCCAGCCGCAUCCAGCGCGCUUGGAAGAUCAGCCGCUGGCGCCGUGUCUUCAUCGUCGACUGCAAGCGAGAUCUAGGUUGGCUGGGCUCGCUGGACUGGCUCCAGCGGCACAACAUGCUCUAUGGGACGGAGCUGGCGGAGACGGAGGAUCUGGAGUGGUGGUACCAUCAGCAAUCGGGCGCGCCCUUGGACUAUGAGGUCGACCCUUGGGGGUGCCGCAAGCUCCGGGAGCACUUGAACAGGAUGUGGUUCGGCGGCGAGGAGCCCCCGCCCGAGCCUCCGGCGCGUCCCGCCCCCGGCCCCGCCGGUCCGGCGCCGCGCGCCGCGGCGACAAACCCGGCCGUGCCCGUGGCGCGCCCGCGCGCGAGCCUGGGCGGGUACAGCGGGGCCGGGCGCGUGGUGCCCACGCUUCGGCUGGGCCAAGCGCGGAGCCUGGCGGCGCCGGUGGCGGUGCCGCGGCCGGUGGGGACGGCGAUCUCGCCGCGGGUGGAGGGCCGCCAGCUUCUGAGUGCCUCGGCAGCCACCCUACACCGCUGCGCCUCGCCUACGCUGAUCCGCACGCACCGGCCGGGGCUCAGUGCCGCGGCACCGGUGCAUGUCGGGGAGGCUCAGGAACGGAAGCGAUCAGUGGGGGUGCCGAGGAGCGGCCAGAAGCCCACGACGUUGGAGUUCCUGGGCCUGGCAGGGAACUUUGGACAUCUGAACUUGAAGGAUCCCUUCGAUGUGAAGAAGAGGGGCUCCAGCUAUGCGACGGAGGUACGGGCUGGCAUCACCACGUUCCUAGCCAUGGCCUACAUUCUUCCAGUGAACAGUGGGAUGUUGAGCCUAGUGAUUCCAGACAAGAGGGAGCAGCUAGUGUGCGCCACAGCCAUUGCGGCCUUCUGCGGCUGCUGGCUCAUGGGGAUCUUGUCCAACUACCCCUUCAUGCUGGCGCCUGGCAUGGGGACGAACGCCUUCUUCACCUUCACCAUCUGCCUCGGCCGAGGUUUGCCGUACCAGGCGGCUUUUGCAGCGGUCUUCAUGGCCGGAUGCAUCUUCAUCCUGCUGAGCAUCACUGGUUUGCGCACGCUUAUGAUCCGGCUCUUCCCAGAAGGUAUCAAGGAGAGUAUCGGUGCCGGCGUCGGGCUGUUCCUGUGCUUCAUUGCCUUCCAGAGCUCUGAAGGGAUGGGACUCUCUGUAGCAGACCCCGCCACGCUGGUGACCUUGAACUCCUUGUCGUUGAACAACUACGACGCUUACAAGCUUUGGCUGAGCCUGGCGGUGCUGGGUCUCACCGCCACGCUCUUUGCCGCCAAGGUGCCCGGAGCGCCCUUGAUUGGCAUCAUCUUCGGCACCGCCGUCUGUUGGAUCGAGGGCUUCGCGCGUGGACGCGAGCACUCGGUCUUCGGCUACCCCUUUGGCAUCAAGGGCAACCACACAGACAAGGACUUCCACAUCUACGUGCCCAGUAGCCUGGUGGCGCAGCCGUCGCUGGAGGGGCUCAGCGGCGCCCUCUGGGACGGCUUCGGCGCGGCGGUGCACGCCGACACGGCGGCCACCUUUUGGACGGCCGUGGGCACGUUUUGCUACACCGACCUCUUGGAUUCGUCCGGCACCUUCUUUGCCGUCGCCAAGGUCGCGGGGCUGACGGAUCGGCGUGGCAACCUGCCGCUGGCGCGGCAGAACAUGGCGUACCUCGCGGACGCCCUCGCCGCGCUGCUGGGCUCGAUGCUGGGCGUCUCCACGGUGGCCACCUUCGCGGAGUCCACGGCAGGCGUUGCGGACGGAGCAAAGACAGGGCUGGCAUCCUUGGUCACCGGGCUGUGCUUCCUGCUGGCCAUCCCCAUCGCCCCGGUCGUGUCAGCAGUGCCCCCCCUGGCGUCUGGGCCCAUCUUGUGCCUGCUGGGCGCACUGAUGUGCAGCUCUGUGCGAGGGAUUGACUGGGAUGAUUUCCAGGAAUCGAUGCCUGCCUUUGUGGCAAUGGUCACGAUGCCCUACACCUUCAGCAUCGGCUAUGGCAUCAUCGGUGGUUUAGUCUUGUGGAUCGCCAUCCAAGUGCUCUUGAUCCCUGUCCGCCUCUCGCGGAAGGAGGACCCCUGGGUCCGGUUCAGGGCCCUGUGGGCGGGCGUUUUUGUGGAGGGUGACGACGAGCCGAGCCUCAGUGAAAUGGACACCGAUGUGGGCAGCUCCUCCGACUCCCUCGCCACCCAGGCACCAAACCGAAAGCUCUUGGGUUUCAAAGCAGAAGGCACCCGGAGGUCGCCAGGCGCAUGGGGCGCUUUUGGAGUCCCAGCCGUGGAUGUCCCGGCGAACGUGGCGCGGCCAAGCACCAUGGUCUCCCAGGUGCCUCCGCCGGUGCCAGCGCCGGCCCGCAUGGCGUGCUUCGCGCCGCCGUUGCGACGAGGCAGCCUGCAAAGCUCUCCGCGGCUCGGGGUUCAGAGCCUGGCCGCUGUGGGUCUGGCGCAGGGUUGA